AUGGACUACGAAAAGAGAGGUCUCCUCCCCGAGGUCGCGACUAUCCCGUCGAGACCUCAACGCCCACGCCACCCCAUCCGCCGAUCUCGCGUCAUUCGGGUCGUCGCCUUGGGCCUCCUCAGCUUCAUCCUCCUCGCCCAGUGGCAGCAGCUGUGGCACACGGAGCGCACCGCCCCUCGCUUGUCCGUCAGCAAACUCGAAGCCGACCUCGCGACGUGCAAGAAACUGCACACAAAGCCCAAAGACCCCGCAGGCCACGGACGCGAGACGAAUGCGCGCUACGGCGAUUGGAAGCCCACACUGAUCCGAAACGCGACUAUCUGGACAGGCGAGCCGGUCGAGGGCACGAGCGAGGCUGAUGCGCGCGCUGGCAAGGGCUGGGCGUGGAGGCAGGGCGACGUCCUUCUGGAGAGGGGCCUGAUCACAAAGGUGGAAGCCAAGAUCUCGUCCGACAGUCUGCCCAAGGAUACGAUUGUGUACGAGGCUGCUGGGCGGCAGCUGACCACGGGCAUCAUCGACAUGCACAGCCAUGCUGGCGUCGAUCCUCUCCCCCAGCUCGACGGCUAUGCCGACUUUAACGAAGCCUCGGACAACCUGACGCCCUGGGCGCGUGCCAUGGACGGCUUCUUCCCGCUCGAUCCGCAGAUUGAGGUCAUCAAGUCCGGCGGCGUGACCACGUCCCUUGUCCUCCCCGGCUCUGCCAACAACAUUGGCGGCGAGGCGCUUCUCAUCAAGCACGCCGUCGGCCCCAAGGACGGGCGUCCCGAGAUCAGCGCCGAGGCCAUGCUGGCUGAUCCGGAGCGCACGUGGCGGUACAUGAAGAUGGCCUGCGGCGAGAACCCAAAGUUCCUGCACGGCAGCCUGACAUCGCGGCCACUCACCCGCCAAGGCGAGAGCUACGAGUUCCGUCGCGCGUUCGAGGAGGCCCGGGCCAUGAUCCAGAGGCAGGACGACUGGUGCGCCAAGGCGGACAGUGUCGGCGUCGAGAACAUGGAUGAGUAUCUGCCCCAGACGAUUGCGCUCGAGUCGCUGAGCGCCGCGCUGCGCGGCCAGGUCCACGUCAACGUGCACUGCUACACGAUCCCGGACCUCGAGGCCAUGGUGGACCACACCAACGAGUUUGCCUUCCAGGUGCGCGCCUUUCACCACGCGCACCAGACGUACCUCGUCCCAGACAUCCUUAAACGCACGUGGGGCGGUCGCUUCCCGUCCAGUGCGCUCUUUGCCGAUAACAUGUACUACAAGACCGAGUCCUACAUUGGGUCCAAGCAGGCUGGCAAGACGCUCUACGACGCGGGUCUGACGCCCGUCUACGUGAGUGACAAUCCCGUCCUCAACGCGCAGCACGUGGUGUUUGAGGCGGCCAAGGCGUACCACUACGGCUUGCCGUAUCAUGCUGCCAUGGCCAGCGUCACCACGGCGCCGGCAGAUGAUCUUGGGAUGGGCCACCGUCUCGGAAAAGUCAAGCCGGGCUACGAUGCGGAUGUUGUCGUGUGGGACAGCGAUCCGUUGAGCGUGGGCGCCACGCCCGUGCAGGUCUGGAUCGACGGAAAGGAGCAGUUUGAGAACCCCUUUGAGCUGGACAAACCGAUCAAGGAGCCGAUGGUACCAGACGCGGCACUCGCCAUGUCACUAGACGAGGCAGUGGAAGUUGAGUCGGACAUUUUCUUCACCGGCGUCAAGAAGGUCCUGGUGGGGGACAAGGACGUCGAAGACUCUGGCGACGCCGGCUUCAAUGUUUCCAUCUCCAAGGGCCAGGUUACCUGCGUGAGGGACUGCGCGGCUGAGUACGAGGCUGCUGUCUCCUCAGGCGCCAAGGUGAUUGACCUCACCAACGGAUAUCUCCAUCCAGCAUACGUCGGCUUCGGUGGCACCCUGGGCCUAAACGAGAUUGACGCUGAAACGACCACCGACAAUGGCCUCAACCCUCUGCACUUCUCACGCGCCAUUGACGGCCUUAUGCUCGACGGCAAGAAGCUCCAAGACGCCUUCAAAGCUGGCGUCACCCGCGCCAUCUCCGCGCCACUCUUCACAGGGCGGCAGACGCACCACGGCACGUCCGUCGGCUUCAGCACCAACGCCAAGAACAUACUCGACCCGGACGCCGUGUUCGCCGAGGACGUGGGCGUGCACUACACCUUUAACGAGGCCGUACGCGGCCAGGACAGCUACUCGGCCGCAUUUGGCAAACUGAGGGACGUGCUGAUGGCCACGGGCGGCAUCGAGAAGGAUCUACUGCCGUACGGCGAGGAGGCAUUCCUCAAGCGCGUGAUCGAGCUGGGCAUGCCCCUCGCACUGACUAUUGACAGCGCAGACCAGAUCGCCACCGCGCUCCGCGUCAAGGGCGACAUUGACGCGCUCAACACGGGCUGGCCGCUGCGUCUCGUCAUCGUCGGCGGCGCCGAGGCGCACCUAGUAGCGGACGAGCUGGCCGCGCACGACGUCGGCGUGAUCCUGUCGCCUCUGCAGUCGUACGGCGACACCUGGGGCGCGCGUCGGGCGUUAUCCGGCGCACCACUGACCAACGGCACCAACAUUGACAGGCUGGUCGAGGCGGGCGUCACAGUGGGCAUUGGUCUGCGCGAGGACAUGGAGGUUGUCUCGCUGGCGUUUGCGGCGGGGACGGCUAUGCGGAAUAGUAAUGGACGUAUUGACGAGCGGGCUGCUUUUGAUCUGGUGGGCAGGAAUAUCCUCGCCAUGAUGAAUGUCGACAAGCAGGAUGGUGACCACUGGGUGGUGAGCGAGGACAGUCCGCUGGAGAUUGGGUCGCGGACGAGGGCGGUGGCCUCGGGCGGCAAGGUGACCGUCUUUGCGUGA